AUGUUGAGUCUUGGAUUCGGUCUCUCUCUCUCUCUCUCUCUCUGUGAUGCCUGGGACGCCGGCACAACCGCCCCCAACUUCCUCCUCCUCAUCUCGAAUUUAAAUUAUGAACCCACAAAAAAAGAAAGAAAAGGAACCUCAGUACUAAUCCCCUUGCUUUAUUUGCAAAUUCAAGUGCAGAAGAUCGCCCACGUGCGUCUCUACGAUGCGAACCCGGACAUUCUCACAGCUCUGGCUCGCAGUAAAAUUCGGGUAAUCAUCAGUGUUCCCAACAACCAGAUUCUUGCAAUCGGGUCGUCGAAUGCCACGGCUGUAGCUUGGAUUAGCCGAAACGUUCUUGCUUACUACCCGAAAACCCUAAUAACAGGCAUUGCAGUUGGGGAUGAGGUCUUGACCACAGUACCCUCUUAUGCUCCCAUUCUUGUGCCUGCAAUUGAAUUCCUUUACAGCGCUUUGGUAGCUGCAAAUUUGCAUAAUGAAAUUAAGAUUUCGACCCCACAUGCCGCGUCUCUGAUUCUUGACACGUUCCCGCCUUCUCAAGCUUUCUUUAACCAGAGCCUUAGUUCAGUGAUAGUCCCUUUGUUGCGGUUCUUGUCUAGGACUGGCUCGCCAUUGAUGAUGAAUUUGCACCCUUACUAUGUGUUCAUGGAGAAUAAAGGUGUAGUUCCUCUUGAAAAUUCGCUCUUCAGGCCAAUAGCUCCAUCCAAAGAAAUGGUUGAUCCCAAUCCUUUGCUUCAUUAUACUAAUGUGCUCGAUGCGAUGAUUGACGCUGCCUAUUUUUCGAUGAAGAAUUUUAACAUUACGGAUGUCAAAGUUCUCGUGACUGAGACAGGAUAGCCUUUGAAGGGUGAUUAAAAGGAGCCCUAUGCAACCAUUGAUUAUGCUGAUACUUACAAUUCAAAUUUGAUUAAACAUGUACUUGAUAAAAGUGGUACUCCUCUGCAUCCAGAGCUCACGUCCAAUGUGUACAUAUUUGAGUUGUUCAAUGAGGAUCUUAGAUCACCUCCAGUAUCUGAAGCCAGUUGGGGGUUGUUUAAUGGGGACUUGACACCGGCUUACUUGCUGCACGUAUCAGACACCGGUGGCUUUUUGGCCAAUGAUACAACCAACCAGACAUACUGUAUUGCAAUGGGCGGUGUAGAUUCAAGGACAUUACAAGCAGCACUGGAUUGGGCAUGUGGUCCUGGGCAGGCAAAUUGCACAGAGAUUCAGCCAGGAGAGAGUUGUUUUAAGCCAAACAAUGUGAAAAGCCAUGCUUCGUAUGCAUUUGAUAGUUAUUACCAGAAGGAAGGGAAAGUUGCUGGGUCUUGUGAUUUCAAGGGUGCUGCUAUGAUCACCACUACUGACCCCAGUCAUGGAGACUGUAUCUUUCCAGGAAGCAAGGAAAGCAACAACACAGGUCAGGCAAAUUCCACCGACUCAAGUUGUGCAGCCAACAAAUUAGGGCUCAUCACCUCAAGAAGUGGAGGGAUAGGUGCAUUGGUGAGAGCAUUUCAACUUCUUCUAGCCACACGUUUCUCCCUUUUCUUUUCGAUUCCCAUGUUGAUGCCACGCUAAGUUACAGACCAAUGACCGUGGAUCUUUGGUUGGAUGAGAUUCAUUCAUUUGUUAUUUUCCCCUGAUUCAGAUCAGAUUUUUUCAAACAUCUGCCCCCAAUUUCACGAAAAGUUAGGACAGAAAUAGGUUGUAGAUGCGUGUUUGAGGAUUCUGAC